CGCCCCCUCCGCCCUUCCCGUCCCGUUGGACUCCUGGGUCCGGGAACGCGCGGCUCCGCCCUCACACCUGGCGCUGGGGCGUGCCUCAGUUUACCGGAGGCGGGGCGUUCCUCCACCCCCGCCCCCCUCCUUUUCCCUCUUCCUCUUCGGGGCGCUAGCAGCCGAGCCUCGGGCACUGCCGGAACUGAAGCUGGGCUCCUGGCGGCCCGGAGGCGGGGGCCACGUCAGCGGGGCGGCGGGGGCCGUGCGAGCGCCGGUCGCGGCGGGCGCCAUGCUGCGGGGCGCACUCCUGGCCGGCGCCCUGGCGGCCUACGCCGUGUACCUGGUGCUGGGCGCGCUGCUGGUGUCGUGGCUGGAGCGGCCGCACGAAGCUCGCCUCCGGGCCGAGCUGGAGACGCUGCGCGCGGAGCUGCUGCGGCGCAGCCCGUGUGUGGCCGCCCCCGCCCUGGACGCCUUCGUGGAGAGGGUGCUGGCGGCCGGACGGCUGGGACGCGCCGCUCUCGCCAACGCUUCGGGGCCCGCCAACAACUCCGACCCCGCUUGGGACUUUGCCUCCGCUCUCUUCUUCGCCAGCACGCUGAUCACCACCGUGGGCUACGGGUACACAACGCCGGUGACCGAUGCGGGCAAGGCCUUUUCCAUUGCCUUUGCGCUCCUGGGCGUGCCGGCCACCAUGCUGCUGCUGACGUCCUCGGCCCAGCGCCUGUCACUGCUUCUGACCCACGCACCCCUCCUCCGGCUGACCACGCGUUGGGGCUGGGACCUCCGGCAGGUGGCCUGCUGGCACCUGGUGGUCCUGCUGGGAGUCGUACUGACCACCUGCUUCCUGGUGCCGGCUGCCAUCUUCGCGCGCCUCGAGGAGGGCUGGAGCUUCCUGGACGCCUUCUACUUCUGCUUCAUCUCUCUGUCCACCAUCGGCCUGGGUGACUACGUGCCCGGAGAGGCCCCUGGCCAGCCCCACCGGGCCCUUUACAAGGUGCUGGUCACAGCCUACCUCUUCCUGGGCCUGGUCGCCAUGAUGCUAGUGCUGCAGACUUUCCGCUACGUGUCUGACCUUCACGGCUUCACGGAGCUCAUCCUGUUGCCCAGUCCUUGUCCCGCCAGCCCCGGCGAGGAUGAGGACGAUCGGGUGGACAUCGUGGACCCGCAGCCGGAGUCGCAGCAGCAGCUGGCCGCCGGCUCCCACGCCGACUACGCCUCCAUCCCCAGGUAGCCGAGGCCGGGAGGACCUGGCCCGUGGCCGAGGGGGGCCACGUGACUGGCGCUGCCGUCCUGGACCGUCCGCGAGCGCGUGCCCGAGCUCUCGAGGCACUGCCACCGGCCGGCCGUCCUUUGUUUGACGUGUCCCUGUCCCAGGUUCCACCGCCACCGCCUCGUUCUCCCCCCCACGCCCCAUCUCUCACUCCCCACACCCUGGGCUUUCUGGCUUCCCUCUCACUCUCCUUGUGUCUCAUUCUUUUACUGACUCCACCUGCCUCUCCCUCAGCUGCUCAUCACCUGCCAGUCCCAGCAGGCUCUGGGCUCAGACCUCAUUUCGGGCACUCCACUGGUCACUACACUGUGGGCAAGUGGCUGCCCUUGUCUGAGCUCGGAUGUCCUCGUCUAGUCAAAUGGAAACGAUACGUCCACUCAUCCCCAACCCCCUCCCGUGAGCAGGCCCCAGGCUGAGCGGUGCUAGGGACACUGCAGUGGUUGAGAUGGCCCCGGGCCCUCCUCUCACGGGUUCCUAGUCCAGCGAGGUAGACAGACCUGUCCCCACACAGUGACGACCCAGAAUAGGCAGGACUGCGGUGGGGGAGGCAGGGUGGCCGGCAGCGCAUUCGAGAAGGCCCGGGCAGAGCGGGCAGGGCUGAGGUGGAUGGAGGAAGCACGGGGACUCUGCCCGAUCCAGCCCGCAGGGUCAGGGAGAUCUUUCUAGAAGAAGGGUUAACAACUCGGCCCUGAAAUCUGAGGAGUAGUCAGGGGAAGAAGGUGGACCUUGUUUUAUCUCAAGUGUCCUUCAGGAGCAAGACCCAUGUGGCGAGCGUGGGGGUUGGGCCUGCGCCAUAGAACCCUCCUCAGCAGCCUGGCAGGCAGGAAGCUGAGACAGGAUCCGAAUGGCACGGACGCCACUGGAACAGCUGUUCCCGUUUCCCGGGCACUGACUGCGUGAGUACCCUGGGCUCUGGAGCCAGCCUGCUUGGGCUCAGACCCCAACUCAGCUGUGUCGUGCCUCUGUCCUCGGGCAGUCACUUCACCUCUGUGAUUCUCACUUUUCCUCAUCUGUAAAAUGGCAAUGAUAGCAGUAAUUACUCUGAAGAUGACUUCACAGAGGCUGCCGUGUUAUUAUGCUGUGACGCUUUCUUUGGCCAGGUUCCGUUCAGGGUUCUUUACACACGAGGAAGAUGAUGUCAUCAUCCUUUUCCACAGAUAAGGACACUGAGGCACUGGGCGUGGAGGUCCCUUGUCUUAGACAUAGAGCUGGGAGGGGACUGAUUUUCUGUAUACUGCCCCCAGAUUUGCCUCCUUCCAAGAUGGUACAUCAGUCAUAGUUCUUGGCGCCACAGGCCCUUCUACUCAACUGUUACCUCUACCAAGCCCCAUGGAGGUUACAGAAGGGAUAGGGCGUUUGAGCUGGACCUCGAUAGCAUUCAGGAAGAGAGGACACUUGGAGGCAUUCCAGGCAGAAGGAACCAUGUGUGUCUAGAGGGAGGAAAGCAUGUCAAAUAUCAGCUCCUGGCAAGUGGUUUACUCCAACUGGACUAUGGGGUGAACGGGGGAAGGAGAGGAGGAGCGGUGGACCUGCGUGCAUCUUAAGUAUCCUUAAAUGACCAGCUUGGGAACUUGGCGUCUUUCUCGAGGGUACUAGAGAGCCAUGGAAGGAUCUUGAGCAGGAGAGGGCUAUGGUUAGGUUUGGGCUUUAGCUGCUAUGUGGAGGUGGACCAGAAGGGGAAGACUGGGGCCGGGGGCACAGGGGAGGCUGGGACAGGAACGGAGCGGGAGAUGAUGGGGCUGGGCAGGGCUGAGGAAAGGGGGAGACGGGCAGUGGAGGUCAUGCUCCGGAGGCCAAGUGGACAGGCCUUGUGUAGACCUUACAGGCUUGGGAGGGACAAGGCCAGGCAAAGACCCCAGGAUGGUUACCUGCCCCUGAGAUGGGAACCUGGGAGAAGACAACAGGUUUGAGGGGAGACACUGAGGCUUGUUUAGAACAUGGUGGGUGUGAGGGGCUAAAGGGACAUCCAGAGGAAGGCAUCAGAAGGUCACAGGAACCUCUGGGCAGAGCCUUAGGGUGUGGUUGAGGCUGGAGACAGAUGGGGGAACCGAGGCCCCGAGUGUGGGUGUGGCAGCCAUGGGUGGGAGGAAGAGAGAAGACCCACCUUGAGAAGUCAGCCUUUGGGUAUUUAUAUAUUCAUGUCAGUAAGGAAACGCUUCGGAUGAGCACUGGGCAUUAUAUGGAAGUGAUGCAUCACGAAAUUCUACUCCUGAAACUAAAUUACACUUUAUGUUAACUAACUAGAAUUUAAAUAAAAACUUGAAACAUUAAAAAAAAAAAAAAAAAAGUGAGAGCUUUGGGCCGCAGGUAACAAGAUCCUGACCAGCACUGGCUGAAACCAUGAGAUGAUUUCUAUUGCCCAUCACCAGAGUUGGGGAGAGCUCUGGGCAAGAGACAAUCCACAGCUCCAGGAGGGUCUUGGGGCCCUAGGUUCCCAAUCUCCUUGUUCAGCAGCCCUCAGCUGAAGACUUGGCUCCACUUGGGCUCUUCUCAUGGCCCCAAAGUGACCGCCACAGGUCUGGGCAUCACAACCAGACACAAUAACUUUUAGUGCAAGAAGAGGGGGGCAUCUCUCCCAUAUUGUCCCUUUGGAAGCAAGGAAAUCUUUUUCCAAGUGCGUCUCCCCAAAGACUUCCUCCUCUCUCUCAUUGGUUAAAAUUAGCUCACCUGCCCAUUCUGAACCAAUCAUUGGCCAGAGUGACGGAACCACCAUGAUUAACUUGGAUGCCUCAGGAUUCCCCUGCCACCUGAAACUGGGGCUGGGGCUGAGAUUUUGGUCUGGAGGCUGGUGAAUGUGGGAACAACACUAGGCUUCUUCUUCUUCUCUUUUGUUGUUUAUUUAUUUUUGAGAGAGAGAGAGAGAGCAGAACAUGAGCGGGGAUGGGGGGCAGAGAGAGGGGGACACAGAAUCUGAAGCAGGCUCCAGGCUCUAGGCUCUGAGCUGUCAGCACAGAGCCCAACCCAGGGCUCAAAUUCACGAAUUGUGAGAUCUUGACUCGAGCCAAAGUCGGACGCUUAACCCACUGAGCCACCCAGGCGCCCCGCACUGGGCUUCUAUUAGAAAGGCAGAAGGGGGAGAAUGGGCAGAUGUUGAUUAACUGGCAGUCAGGGUCAUCAUGUACAAUUAGGCAGGUUGGGAACGACAUAAGGGAUGUCGGAUGGCAGAGUGGAAACAAACAGGGGCUGAAGUUCAAGGCUGAAGAUGACCGAAAGGGGCUUCUUUUUCUAGUUAACAUAAAGGCCCCAUAUGGCAAGCAGUGACCCUUUUUUUCCUUAAUGUUGGUUUAUUUUUGAAAGAGAGGGCAUGAGUGGGGGAGGGGCAGAGAGAGAGGGGGACGGAGGAUCUGGGGCGCGGGGUGGGGGGGGGGGCGGCGGGGACAGCGCAGGCUCUGCGCUGACAGCAGAGAGCCCAAUAAGGGGCUCGAGAGAUCAUGACCUGAGCUGAAGUCAGAUGCUCAACCGACUGAGCCACCCAGGCGCCCCAGCAGUGACCUUUCAACUGGUGUCCUCACACAAGAGGGAGGAGCUUACAAAGGAGACAGAAAAAGGAGACCCAUAGAGGAGUAGGAAAACCAGGAGGGUAGGGAGAAUCCAUAAGAGAUGAGAGACAUUUAAAGAGAAUUCACCAUUGUCCAAUUAUGCUAAAAAGUCUAAAAAGUUACACAAGAUUGUUUUAAUAACAGUGAUAGAAAACCCCUAGGAUUUACUAUGUGCAGGGUGCUGUUCCAAGCUCUUGAUACAUAAUUUAUUUAACCUUCUCAGCAACUCUAUUAGGUACAUUUUCUACAUGUGACAGUGGAGGAAAGGAGGCUCAGAGAGGUUAAAUAGCCUGCCCAAGGUCACACACGGCGGGGGGGGGGGGGGGGGGGGGGGGAAGCGUAGGCUAAAAAUUCAAAAGGUACAAAAGAGUGUGCAGUGGAAAGUCAGUCUUUCUCCUACACCCAGGCUGUGUUGACCGAUUUCUCAGGCCUUCUGGGCAAAUAGCAGCAGUAUCCAUGUGUGUGCAUGUGUGUCAUUUAUUUUUUCCUUCACUCUAUUCAGGUGGUACCUAGUAUGAUAAGGUGGUUAUAACUGCAGACUUUACAGGCAGAGUCCCUGGGUAUAAGUCUUAACUCUGUCACUCUCAAGCUCUGUGACUUUGGGCAAGUGAUUUCACCUCCUUGUGCCUGAGUUUGCUAAUCUGUAAAAUGGGAUGAUAACAGCACCUACCUCAUGGACUUCUUAGAGAGUUAAGCAACUUAAUAUCUGUAAAUCUCUCAGACUAGUGUCUGGUGCUCAAUAAAUUGUUGACUAAUGA